GGCAUUGCUUGUUCUUGCAAGCCUUCUAGCUUGUGCAACAGCAACUGUCAUCCAUGGAAGGCACGGAAGAUCUAGCCGAUCCACAUACAUUGUACAUGUGCGCCCUCCACCAAACUUUUCCACUGAUAUGAGCUCGACCAACCUGGAGACCUGGUAUAGAUCACUCCUCCCACCGUUAGUGAGUACAUCCAGGUCUGAUACACCAUUCAUCCAUACCUAUAGGGAAGCCAUUCUUGGCUUUGCUGUGAACCUCACAAAAGAUGAGGCAGAGUAUGUUACGAAGAGACAUGGUGUCCUUACGGUGUAUGAAGAUUACCUUAUACCACUCUUGACAACCCACACCCCAGAAUUCUUGGGGCUGCGGUCCAACGAAGGGGCUUGGAGUAGCAUAGGGAUGGGUGAGGGGAUCAUAAUAGGUGUUCUGGAUACAGGGAUAGAUGUUUCACACAGCUCGUUUGAUGAUGAAGGGAUGAAGCCACCACCCGCCAAGUGGCGUGGGUCCUGCAACUUUGGGGAUGUCAACUGCAACAAGAAAUUGAUCGGUGGUAGCACAGCUGCUGGAAGAUCUGUAGAAGGUGCAAGUGUGCUUGGCAGUGGAAAUGGUACUGCAGCUGGCAUGGCUCCACAUGCACACCUUGCUAUGUAUCAGGUAUGCAAUAGAUUUGGAUGCUAUGCCUCAGACAUAAUCGCAGGAAUGGAUGCAGCAAUCGCCGAUGGUGUUGACAUCUUGUCCAUAUCACUCGGUGGUAAGUCAGUGCCAUUCCAUGAAGAUGCUAUAGCCAUUGGUACAUUUUCUGCCAUGAGGAAAGGGAUAUUCGUCAGCUGUUCUGCAGGGAAUUCGGGUCCAUUAUCUAGCACUGUAGAAAAUGAAGCACCCUGGGUCCUGACGGUUGGUGCAAGUACAAUAGACAGGAAGAUGGAAGCUAUUGUCAAGCUUGGUGAUGGCCGUUCAUUUGUUGGUGAGUCAGCCUACCAACCAUCUAACCUUGAUUCUUUGCCGCUGGUGCAUGAAUUUGGUUCUGAAGAAGUUAAGGGGAAGGUUGUUGCUUGCGACCUUGAUGGUUCUCGCACCCAACUCCAGCUUGGAGAAACUGUUCAUGAUGCUGGGGGUGCUGGGAUGAUAGUGCUUGGAAAAGAGGAGGGUGGACAUAAUACUUUAGCUGCAGCACACAUGCUACCAGCAUCAUAUGUCAAUGCCAUAGAUGCUGCCGUAAUUAGACAGUAUAUCAAGAACUCAGACAAGCCGACGGCCUCGAUUGUCUUCAAUGGCACAUCAUUGGGAAAUACUCCAUCUCCUGUGGUUGCUUACUUCUCUUCUCGCGGUCCAAGUACUCAAACCCCUGGUAUUCUUAAGCCUGACAUAAUCGGCCCAGGAGUGAAUGUUAUUGCAGCUUGGCCAGUCAAGGUUGGACCAAGAGCAGAAGGUGAAAAGAAUAUGGCAUUUAAUACCUUAUCUGGAACAUCAAUGUCUGCACCUCACCUUAGUGGAAUUGCAGCUAUUAUCAAGAGUGCGCAUCCAGACUGGUCACCUGCGGCGAUCAAGUCCGCAAUCAUGACAACUGCCUAUGUGCUGGAUGAUAACAAGAAGCCGAUCCUAGAUGAGAAGCUCAAUCCAGCUGGGCAUUUCAUUAUAGGUGCAGGACAUGUUAACUCCUCUCAAGCUAUCAAUCCUGGUCUAAUCUAUGACACUGAAGAGGAGCAGUACAUUCCGUAUCUCUGUGGGCUUGGUUACACAGAGUCAGAAGUUGAGAUAAUCACAAAUCACAAGGGUGCCUGCGGAGAAGGAAGAAAAAUCUCCGAAGCCGAGCUGAACUAUCCUUCAAUUGCAGUAGCUGCCAGCACCGGCAAACUUGUGGUGAACAGGACAGUCACCAAUGUCGGAGAUGAAAUUUCAUCCUACUCUGUGGACAUUGAGAUGCCAAAGGAAGUAACAGCUUCAGUGUCACCAAGAAAGCUAGAAUUUACCAAGGCAAAUGAGAAGAAAACAUUUACUGUGAGUUUAACUUGGGAUGCCACUGGAACUAAGCAUGCUGAAGGAAGCCUCAGGUGGGUCUCUGACAAACAUGUUGUGAGGAGCCCCAUUGUAAUAUUCUAAUGUAACCUAGUGAA